AUGCCAAAACAACUUCAACCUCAGAAACAAGAGAACGUCACUAAGAAGGAAGAGAAAACCGCCAAGAAGGACAUGAACGUCCCCAAGAAAUGCUGUCCAGCGGUUCCCCAGCAUACGAUGACCGUCGAUGAUUCGUGGAUUGAAAACCUCAGAGCAGUGUUCAACACCGAAAAGGUUGUCACAACAACUGAACAGAAAGGUUUCCUUUUUGGGCCAAAUCCUCAUUUGGAAGGCAUUAGUCUUGCUGUCUUCAUGCGCACCAAGAUCUUUGACACAGCAGUUGAAUCAUACAUAACACAACGAGAUGCUAUGCUCAAGAACUCCUCAUGCCCACGGAAAAUUCAGUUUUCCCGGAAGAUGGCAUGUGAGGAGGCGAAAAAGUUUAUUCAAAGAAUGAUUAACAGCGCCGUUAACACUUCCCGAUCUUUCUUCAAGAAGGAAAUUGUCAGUCUCCUGGAGACUCGUAUUGGUCAGAAUCUUGCCACCGAGUUCGAGGAGUAUUUCAUCAACUUGUGCAAGCAAGAAGAUCGUGCCAGAUACGGAGGAGUGGCGAAUGUAAAAGAAGAGGUUCCCUCUGGAAAAAACGACAUCUCGGAUGGAUCAGAAUCCGAACCCAGCUCAGAUGAGGAGGCGGAGAAUGCGCCAAAAAUGAGCGAAGAAUUGAGGCUUAAAAUUCAAAAAAUGUAUGCCUCCCUUCCUCCUCAACACGAGCUGGUAUAUCCGCCACUACUACCUCCUGGAACACUCCGUAUUCCAAUCGGUGGUUUUGCCAAGUGCCAAUGUAAAGAAGGCUGCGAAUUUGAGUUGCCGGAACCAGCCUACCGCAUUCUGAGCAGAGAAGAACUUGCUGAGUUCUGGCUGAUUAUAUCUGGAAAAGAUACGGAGAAUAUCAAAAGUGCGAAAUCUUUCGGGAGAAAAGGUCGCUGA